CUGAGGCUCCUCGCGCGUUGUUGCAGAUGGGCUGCGUGAUCGCCGGUGCGUGCGCGGCGCCUCGGACGCCGCUGGUCUGCAGCUCCGCUUGAGUUCAUCCCCUUCCGAAAGCGCAGGCUUUUUUGUGAUGAAGCCCAGGCUGUUGACUUUUCUUCUGUGUCUUUGGGCAUCUUAUCCAAACCCCGGGGUGAGACUUCCUCCUCGGAUCUCUUCUGAAAGUUUGUCUUGGAGAUGGGCACUGGAGCCGUGAGGAGAGGCCGGAGGGGAAUCGUCAGAACCCCCGUCCACACUCCGUGUGAAGGAGGGCGGAGGAGGGUAACUUAGGACCGAGAAGCGCGGUGUUUGCUCCCAUGACUGCAGGUGCUGGCUCCUUAGUCUGUCCUCUCUGGCCUCACAGGAAGGGAGCCGGCUCACCACCGCGGUCAGCGCCGUCUCCUGCUCCUGCCGAGCUGCUCCUCCCCGAUGAAAUAACUGCAGCUGACUACAUUUUGUAGUCAAAAGAUCUCCAUUUUAAACCACAGGCCUGGGAGGGGCGGCCAGGCCCUGGGACGAGAGCGUGUCUGCGCCAAGAUGCUGGAGGAGGACAUGGAGGUGGCCAUCAAGCUGGUGGUGGUGGGGAACGGGGCGGUGGGCAAGUCGAGCAUGAUCCAGCGGUACUGCAAGGGCGUCUUCACAAAGGACUACAAGAAAACCAUCGGAGUGGACUUUCUGGAGCGACAGAUCCAAGUUAAUGAUGAGGAUGUCAGACUAAUGUUAUGGGACACUGCAGGUCAAGAGGAAUUUGAUGCUAUAACAAAGGCCUACUAUCGAGGAGCCCAGGCCUGUGUGCUGGUCUUUUCCACGGUGGACAGGGAGUCUUUUGAAGCAGUUUCCAGCUGGAGAGAAAAAGUAGUCGCUGAAGUUGGAGAUAUCCCAACUGUGCUUGUGCAAAACAAGAUCGAUCUCUUGGAUGACUCUUGUAUAAAGAAUGAGGAAGCCGAGGCCUUGGCCAAGAGGCUAAAGUUGAGAUUCUACAGAACCUCUGUAAAGGAAGACCUGAACGUGGCAGAAGUUUUUAAAUAUUUGGCUGAGAAAUACCUUCAAAAACUCAAACAAGUCCCCGAGGACCCCGAACUGAUGCAUUCAAGUAGUAACAAAAUUGGUGUCUUUAAUACAUCUGGAGGAAGUCACCUGGGCCAGAAUUCCAGUACCUUAAAUGGCGGAGACAUCAUCAAUCUCAGACCUAACAAACAAAGGACCAAGAAAACCCGAAAUCCCUUUAGCAGCUGUAACAUACUCUAAGAUGUUCUAGGAGGAGCCAGGAUGAAGUAUGUUGACACAUGCCACCACUGCCAUAUUUCACAAGCAUCUUAGCCUCUGUGCCUAGUGGCUUCCUGAUGGCUAGCAGAUCUAAGCUCUGCUCUGCAGGGCUUCACAAUGUGGUGUGGGACCUGUGGGAAACUGCCCUGUGGGCUUAUUUUCUUAUUUCUACAUUAGACAAAGUUUCUCCUGUUGUUUUUUUUUAAUGCUAUAAAAUGUCAAACAGGUCGUGCAGAAUUUUAAAUGCUGGAAAACAUGAAUGCCUAAUUAUAUUGGAACUGAUUUUAAGGAAAAAGCAUUCUUUUCCUGCAAUUGGUCAUCUUCCUUUUCUGAAAAGCAGUAUUCAUUGUGAAUACUUGGAGAACAUAGUACUGAAAGGCAACCCUGAGUCUAGCCAGAUGGCAUUGGUAUGUUUUUGGCAAUGUUUUCAUUAAAUAUUGGUAGAGGAAGGCAUGCCGCUAGUUGGUCCUGAGCAAACUGAAAACAUGUACAGUAUUUAAGGUAAUUAGAUUCUAACUCAUUCAUGAAAUCAUUUGUGUCUUGUUUUAUUUUCGAAUGAGAAAUUCUAGACAGACAUUUUGCAAAAUGAGCUUGAACUUAAAAAUGCUUUGUGCCAAAAAAAAAAAAAAUCACCUAAUUCUUACAAGUGCUUUACUAUCAGAAUUCAUAUUGUUUAUGAUAACUCUUAAGAGCAGUUCUCUUCUCUGACAGGGUAGACAGAUGCUGCAGCUUCUCCGUGGGGUCCUCACUGAAGAACUGUGCGCGCGCGCACGUGUGUGUGUGUGUGUGUUUGCAUGCGCGCGCGAGCUUCCACACCUGUCAGCCAGCUGUGUGUGUUUGCGUGCGCGCGCGAGCUUCCACACCUGUCAGCCAGCUGUGUGUGCGUGCGUGUGUGUGUGUGUGUGUGCGUGCGCCCGCGAGCUUCCACACCUGUCAGCCAGCUCUGUGUGUGUGUGUGUGUGUGUGUCCCCACUGUGAGCAAGGUGAGCGUGAGCUUCCACACCGGUCAGCCAGCUGCCAGAGGUCGCCUAGCACAGGAGGCCUAGCAAAACGCAUUGUGUGGCUGGCACUUUUUGCUGCUGACAGAAUCCAAUCUGGAGACCUUAAAAUUAUCGCAGCCAUUUUUAAAAGUGCACAAAAGAUGAACUUUAGUCCUAAUCCAAGUUGUGGAUUUCAUAAUGCCUUGCAAUGCUGAAAUCCCCUUCAGUUUACACAUUUUUAUAUAGUUUUUUUCCAUGAGACUUUCUACAGCCUUUGGUCUGCGUAGUGAUCUCUCAGGAACUGCUGCCAUCACAUGAUAGUUCAAGACGGUCUCUGAGGCCACACUGCCACCGCAGUGAAACUCUUUGUCCUGCUCAUGGAUGCUAGUAAAAGUGGAGGGACAGGAAACGGUCUGACACACACUGAUGUGACCUGGGACAGCAGCCUUCCAAAACUGACUCAAGUCUGGUCCAGGUGGUUUUGUUUGUAAUGGAUCUGCUUUUCAGAUAGCAUCUCAUUUUUACAAGACUUCAAAAUAUGUCAAAAAUAUUUUUUUCUUGGAAAAUGUCAUGAGGUCAUUUUACAUUUUUGUACUAAAAUAUGAGUGUUUUUGUAUUUUCCUGGUAUGUUUCAUCCUCCUACUAUUCCUUUAAGUCUCCUGUCUGGACCAUUCUCCCCUCCUUGCAGUGAGGUUUAGAACAGACCGGCCUUUCCAGUGCACACGUUUGCUUUGAGGGCACCGCGUUCCCGAACACGUCCUAGGUUUAUUUUGCCACACGCUCCCAUCCCCACUGCUGGCAAGGGGUGAGCAUGAGGGCUGGGGGCUCACCUCCUGGUGGGCACUGCUUUCUCCUCCCUUGAAAAACAAUCGCUUUAAUGUCUGCACAAAGUAUAUUUUGUGGCAAGUAAUCUAACAGCCUUUGUUAGCAGGAAAGUCAUUUGUUACAUAAUGUCCUAUUUCAUAUUGAUUAAAUGUAUGUGAGUAAAAGUAUGUGCUACUUUUCUAUAAAAAUGUAAUCCCUGAUGAUGGUUGCAAUUCCCUUAAAAAUUGAAAUAUAAUUUUAUGUCACUGGUUUUUAUCUUUUUCUUAUUUAACAAAAACUAAAGAGAUCUUUGCUACACAUUUGGACUUUUACUGUGCUAUAUUUCACACCUAUGCAGUCAUUAAGUAGGUCUGAAAAUCAGCCACAAAUGAUGUUAGUUUCUCAAUUUAAUAAAUUCUAAAACCUUCAAAAUUCAA